AUGAGUUUUCUUUCGAAGUUGUCGCAGCUUAAGAAGACGCCACCAGCAAAUGAUAUUAAUAAGAAAGUUCUAGCAACUGAAAAUGGUAAAAAAGAUGAACGUUCAUUACUUCCAAAUAAUUAUGUUAGAGAAGAUGAUCCUGCUAUAGCCAGAUUGAAACAGAAGAGGCGGCAAGAGCUGAUCAAGUCUGGGAAAUUAAACCCCAAAGGCACAUCAAAUAAAUCAAGAUCUUCUUCUAGUACUCCUGGAGGGAAAAGGAAAAAUAGUCCAAGUGAUAAUGAUAAUGGUACAGAGUUUAAAUUUAAGAGGAAAAUUAAUUCCAAUAACCUGCCAAAAUUCCAAAAACCAGUAGAGACUAAACAUGCACCUUUGAAGAAAAUGAGUUUUGAUGAGCUAAUGAAACAAGCUGAAAAUAAUGCUCAUUCAAAACCAGAAUCAGAGCCUGUAUUAAAUUCAAAAUCAAAGGAACUAAAUGUUGGUAAAUCUGUUCAACAAAAGUAUAGAAUUAGUAAACAGGGAUUUAAAUCUAACAGAAAUGAAAGAAUGCAUAAUAGCACAUCUGUCAGGAACUCCAGGCCAAGUCCAAAACCUCAUACAACUAGUCAUGAUUUGAAACCUGUUAUUGUACCAAUUCCAAAGGGAGGUGGGUUAGCCAAGCCUAAUGAGAAGUUGAGAGAAAGAUUGGAAAUGAAAAAACAAAAAUUGCGUCGUGGAAGAUAUGAGGAUGAAGAAGAAGAUGAAGAUGAUUAUGACGAUGAUAUGGAUGAUUUUAUAGAUGAUGACGAAGAAGAUUAUUCAAGUGUAUCCAGAAGCCAUAAAGCGAACUACAAUCGUGAUGAGAUUUGGGCAAUGUUUAAUAAGGGUAAAAGUCGUUCUGAUUAUUCAUAUGAUAAUUAUGACGAUUACGACGAUUAUAAUGAUAUGGAGACGAACGAAUUAGACAUUAUGGCUGAAGAAGAAGAGGCUGGACGUAUGGCAAGGUUAGAAGACAAACGUGAAGACGCCUGGUUGAAAAAACAUGAUGACCAGAAAAGACGCCGCAAAACUGGUAAAUGA